AGCCAAGUCCAAACAGACCCUUAGACUGAAACACAGAGAGAGUGAGAGAGAGAGAGAGAGAGAGAGAGAGAGAGAGAGAGAGAAGAGGUGCUGAGGCAAAAUGGGGGCGGAGCCGAGUCAAACGGAGCCGAGUCUCAGUGAAACGACGCCGGAGAACGUGGAGGCAUUGCUUGAGGCUGCUAGAUAUGAUGACCUUGAUGAUGUCAAAAGCUUAGCAUCUGCUGGAGUUUCUCUUGACUCGAAGGAUUCACUUGGCCGAACAGCACUUCAUAUGGCUUCUGCUAAUGGACAUCUUGAUGUUGUGGAAUAUCUUAUCAGUAGAGGAGUGGAUCUUAAUGCCUCUAAUGUUGAGAACAAUACACCUUUGCAUUGGGCUUGCCUCAAUGGACAUGUCGAGGUGGUUAAAAAGUUGAUUAUGGCAGGAGCUAAUGUAAGUGUAUUAAACAGCCAUGAGAGGACUCCAAUGGAUGAAGCGGUGAGCAGGGGAAAGAUGGAUGUUAUUGAUGCUAUAAAUACUGCAGUGGCUCAACUAGAGCUUACUGGUGUCACAGUCUAAUGUAUAAAAAUCUCCCUAAAGACUAAGAACUUACGAGUGUACUCUUAUAUUUUUUUCAGAAAACUUUUCUUCUUGUAGGUUUCAAGCUUUGUAAAAUGCCCAAAAAAAGGAAAAAAAAGGUGAAAAAGUUUUAUAGGAUCAUGAAAUGCUAUAGUACUGAUAUAUGAUGCUUGGACCUUCUUUUUGUUGCUUUUCUUUAAUGGUCUUUCGAAUUUAAGCAAAGAGGCUCUUUAUUUACCUA